UUGGCCAGGGGCAGAGAUGGCUCUUAUAUGACUGAGUCAAACUGUUUCUUUCUGCCCUAAUCUGAGCCAUCUUUCCCUAGCUCUGGGCUCCAGGGUCAGGGUGGGUUUCUUUAGCCAGCCCCUUUUCCCUACAAUGACGAAGACAACUUGUGGAACAUAGUGUCGUGUCAACUUCUCAUUAAUUCUGUGUACAUCUCCAGUACCAUGAGGCUCACUUUCCAGGAAAUAUAUUUGUGUAUUUUUAGGAGUCAGUGAGCUUUGAAGAUGUGGUUGUGAAGUUCACCAAGGAGGAGUGGGCUCUGCUGGAUCCAUCCCAGAAGAAGCUGUACAAAGACGUGAUGCAGGAAACUUUGAGGAACCUGGCUGCUACAGGAAAGAAGUCAGGCAAACAGAAGGUUUUAAGUGAGUACGAAAAUCUCUGGAGAAAACUAAGCCAAUUGGUAGAGAAAUUCUGUGAGUAUAAAGAAAGUCGUCAGUAUGCAAAAAUCUUCAGCUGUAUGCCAAGGCAUUCUAUGAACCUGAAAUCUUGUCCAGGACUUACCACAUGUGAUAAACGUGUGUGUGGAGAAGGAAGCAUUGGCCAUUCAUCUCUAGGUGCACCCCUGAACCAUCAAGCAGGACCCAAACCUCAUAAAGACCAGGAAUAUGGACAGAAGUUGUAUAAACAUAAGGAGUUUGGGGGCAGCUCCAAUUCUCCUCUGACCCUUCAGAUGCAUAAAAGUGCUCACACUAGAAAGAAACCUAAAAAUAAGGACUACAAAGAAGACCUUCUUGGUCGCCAAUCUGGUCAAAGGAAUGAAGAACAUGACCAUGCAAAAAAAUCUUACAUUUGCAAGCAAUGUGGGAAAGACUUCACCCAUCCCAGUCUUCUACGAAGUCACGAAAAAAUUCACAGUGCUAAGAAGCCCUAUGUGUGUGAACUGUGUGGGAAAGGCUUUGCUCGGUUAGGUAACCUUUCAAGACAUAAGAUGAAUCCGAAUUGUGAGAAGGCUUUUCUGUGCAAUCACUGUGGGAAAACGUUUUCUCGUUCUGCUUGCCUUCGAAGACAUGCAAGAAUUCACAGUGGUGAGAAACCCUAUGAGUGUGAACAGUGUGGGAAAACUUUUCUUCAUUCUGUUUACUUUCAAAUUCAUAGAAGGAUUCACACUGGAGAGAAACCCUACGUAUGUAAGCAAUGUGGGAAAGCCUUCACUGCUUCUCGUUACCUUCAUAUACAUGAACAAAAUCACACUGGGGAAAAACGUUAUGUAUGUAAGCAGUGUGGGAAUGCCUUCUCAUUCUGGAAUCAAUUUCAAAAACAUAAAGUAACACACAGUGGUGUGAAUCCCUACGUUUGUAAGCAAUGUGGCAAAAACUUCACUUGUUCCGGUACUCUAAAAACACAUGAAAGAAUUCACACUGGUGAGAAGCCCUAUGUGUGUAAACACUGUGGGAAAACUUUUGCUCAUUUUGGUAACCAUAAAAGACAUGAAAAAAUUCACACUUCAUAGAGAACCUAUGUAUGGAAGCCAUGUGGGGAAACUUUCAAUGAUUACAGUUCCUUUCAAUUCCAGAAUAGAAUGCAUACUGGAGAGAAAAACCUACAAGUGUGAGCAGUAUGUGAAGACUUUUGCUUGUUCUUCCUCCAUUUUGGAGCCAUGAAAGGAAUCACUAUGGAGAGAAACCCUAUGUGUGUUUGCAAUGUGGGAAAACUUUCAGCUCUGACAAUUCUCUUUGAAAACAGAAAGUAACUCUUACUGUAACAAAAUCCUAUGAAUGUAAGCAAUGUGGGAAAGCCUAUAGUCAUUUAUUUGAGGCUCAAGUAUGUGAAGGAAUCCAUAACAGCAACAGACCCUAUGAAUGUAAGACAUUUGGGAGAGGCUAUUUGAAGAUAUCUCACUUGACACUAACUCAUAGUAGAACUAAUAAGGGUGUUUGUAAGUAACAUGAAAAUGCCUCCUCUUUGUUAGGUCUCACAGAAAUCAAACCACAAAAGACUGAAACAGCUUAUGCUAGUAAUGUGGGGAAAUGUCAAAGAAGUCUUAAUAGAGAGAAGUUAUUCUUUUGAAUCAAUAUAGCUUUUAGUACUAGAAGAUCCCUUCAAACACAUGGAAGCAGACACAGGACAAAAGCCUUUUGGAGAAAAGCUGCAAGUAACAUGAUAAAGUCUUUUGUAUUCUUGUCAUUGUGGAGAAGAUAUGAAAUAGCUCACACUGGAGAGAAACCUUAUGCACACAAUGCAAAAGACAUUAUAGUAGUCAUUUUGGAGAUAAACCCUUCAUUUAUAAGGAAUCUUAGAAAUCUUUGUUAUCCCAAGUUCUUUUAUAAACAUGAAAGGACUCACCAA